UAUAUGCGGAAAAUGUAUUAAAACGUUGGUCAGUGAUUCUGAUUCAGCAGAGAAGGCUUUGCUCUCCUCUCGUGGCUUGAUUUGGUACUGCGCAUGCGCGCACCGGGUGUAGAAUGUUGAGCAGAGCGGAGCGGAGUUGAGGAAAGAGAGAGAGAGGGAGACGCACACAGUGACGGAAUAAAUUCUCCAGCCCCGCGCCUCUGUCUAUUUAGUUGAGGUUGGACUCACGUCGUAGUCGGAGCUAUAACGAUGACGGAGCCGCAGUCUGCUCUGCUACUCAGGAGACAGCUGGCAGAAUUGAAUAAGAAUCCAGUGGAAGGAUUCUCUGCCGGUCUGAUAGAUGAUAAUGACCUCUACAGAUGGGAAGUUCUAAUAAUCGGUCCACCGGAUACACUCUAUGAAGGUGGAGUGUUCAAAGCACAUCUCACAUUUCCCAAAGACUAUCCUCUCAGACCUCCUAAAAUGAAGUUCAUCACAGAAAUUUGGCAUCCAAACGUUGACAAGAACGGUGACGUUUGUAUUUCUAUUUUGCACGAGCCGGGGGAGGACAAGUACGGUUAUGAAAAGCCAGAAGAGCGUUGGCUACCCAUUCACACAGUGGAGACUAUCAUGAUAAGCGUCAUCUCCAUGCUUGCCGAUCCUAACGGAGACUCGCCCGCCAACGUGGAUGCAGCAAAAGAGUGGAGGGAAGAUCGGCAUGGAGAGUUUAAGAGGAAAGUUGCCCGUUGUGUACGGAAGAGCCAAGAGACAGCUUUUGACUGAUCCUCAUUCAGCAGCUUGUAGCGUCACUAUUUUUCAGGGUAUCCAGUCGAGAAACAACAUGGCACUGUUUUCCUGCACUCUACCACCCUAUUGCCGGAUUCUUCUUGAUUGAGUGUUGGCAGAAGCAAGCUGGCAUCAUAAGGCUGCAAUAGAACAAUAACGGCUCGUACACAUACGGACGGAACGUGCCAAGCAAAUGCCAACAUCCACAAAAUAAAAGAGAAAAGCAUAACAUAAGAUGAUUACACAUUUCUACGCAAGUUUAUGAACUGAUACAACAUUCAGGAAAGAAAUUGUAAAGACCUGUAAAUAGCACAGACAUAAAAAAAUUCCGGAUAAUAUAUAAGACUCCUCGUAUCCAUCCAGCAAAAUAUUUAGUACCAAAUAAUUAGCGCUUUCUGUAGGUAGAAUAUGAGUCAUGUAAAGAAAAAAAAACCCUUAAACAGAAUGGUUAAUCAUCCCUUUCCUGCUCCUCCUCCAGCUUUUCAUGUAGUGUUCCAGUUCUUUUACAGGUCAUAUCGAGGGAGAUGUGUAGCGAUGGCAAGGGCCUUUUUUGCACCUCUUGAUUUUCAUUAAGCAAUGAGACUCAUAUAAAGAAACCAACAAGCCGGAAAGGGGUGUGUUCUUUAUCGGCAUGUAGUAUUCGAGGGAGGGAUUGAUGGGCGGGAAGGGUCGAUGGCGCUACUGAGGUUCAGCAUGUCGUAUCAUGGGCUGGACACUCGAGCUAAAUUAAUUGAUGUAAAGCAUGGGAAAUGUUUGUUUCUAAAACAAUCAAUAAGCAUUUGGAUUGGUUUUAACUUUAGGGGUGGGAUGGGGGCUGUGUCCCUGCUUUGGCUGUAGAGAAGUUCUAUUAAACUGUCCUGCAGUUGUGCUUGGCUCUGCGGUGAGUUUUCAGAGGUGGGACAGCUGACGAGGAAACCCAUCAGAUGUGAUAACCUGCAUGUUUAAGCUCAAAGGUUUUAAUUUUUUUUUUUUUCCUUCUUUUUUUUUUUUCUUUCUUUCAAAAGUGCCUCCAAUUUACAGUUGCUUGGCUUGUUGCACCUCCUACAUUGGAUUUGGAUCUGGAGCCAAAAACGUAAGAUGUCCUGACAUCUCUCUGUGCUCUUUCAGGCUCGUGUCGAUGUGAUUUUUUUUAUUUUAUUUUUUUCCCCUUUUUUUUCUUUUUUAAUCCUUUGUACCAGCAGUCAUGGAUUACUAAAGAUAAUUUGGUGUAGCAAUAACGGCCCCUUUUGACAACUGUGUGUGUGUGUGUGUGUGUGUAUUGUUCUAUUUCCCAGAUGUGUGAAGUUUCAAUAUCCGCUAAAAUUUAGAACCUGGUAAACCUUAAUGCAUUUGCCCAACUUUUGACAGAAUUCUUUUACAGGGCUUUGUUUUUCCUUUGUGUUGUCUUUGCUAGGAUUCGGUAAGCAUGCUUUAACUGUAGGUUUUUCCCAAGCAGUUUCUUGGAUUGUGUCCAGAAGGGGUGUGUAUGUAUGCGUGAUUGCGUGAGUGUAUUUGAAUGUUACAGAGUCAGAACCGCUACUCCCCACAAUCCUUUAUUCUCCGUUUAAUUUUAUUCUGGCGCCGACAGACUACUGCAGUUCUUUUGCCUAAUGUACAAAGACAAAAUACUGAUGUAUAUUUUUCAUGUUAUGGAAGUUGUCUCCUUCUAGUGAAUUCUUCUAAAAUAUAAUUUUUUUUCCAAUA